AUGGGCGAGGCGGGCGCCGCGCUGCGGGUGAUCGCCGGCGCGGCCGGCGCGGCGCUUUCCACCUACGCUCCUCCCGAAGGGCUGCCGGCGGUCGCCGCCGGGCAGCUCAACGCGAAGGACAUCCGCUCCCGGCACCGCCGGUGGGGGCGGCGCCUCCAUGCCCUGGUCCCGGUGUACGGGGUCGUGGGCAGCCCGAUCGGCCAGAGUCUCAGUCCACCAAUGCACGAAGCGGCCUUCCGCCGCCUCGGCAUCGAAGCGGCGUACCUGCCGUUUGCCGUUCCGCUUCGGGAACUCGCCGACUUUCUCGUCGCCGCCCGGCUGAGCGGCGUGGGCGGCCUGAACCUGACGAUUCCGCUGAAGCGCGCCGCCCUUCCAUUGCUCGAUGAGCUGGACGACGAUGCGCGCCGGAUCGGGGCGGUGAAUACCAUCAUCCCGAUGAACGGCGGAUUCGGGGGAGCCAACACCGACUGGAUCGGCGCGGUCCGGUCACUCGAGGAAGUCGUGCCGCUCGCAGGCCGCCGCGCCACCGUGCUGGGAGCGGGCGGAUCCGCGCGUGCCGUCCUGUACGGGCUGACCCGCGCCGGCGCCGAACCGGUGGUGAUCUCGCGCAACGACCGGAAGGCGGCAGCGCUUGCCGACGAAAUGGGGGUCCGCCACGCCCCGUGGGCAUCACUGGAUCGGGCCCAGGGGGACAUUCUGGUGAACACCACUCCGGUCGGGAUGGCGCCCGAUCGCGAGGGAUGUCCCGCCCCCGACGCCGCGAUCGCCGCUCACGAAGUGGUCUUCGACCUGGUGUUCCAUCCCGAAGAAACGCGGCUCCUCCGGCAGGCGGCCGGGCUCGGCAAGCGGACGGUCCCCGGGCUCCGGAUGCUCAUCCUGCAAGCGGCCGCCGCGUUCGAACGCUGGAUCGGCCGCCCUGCCCCGAUCGAGGCGUUCCGGGUGACGACCUGGGGCGAGUCACACGGCCCGGCCAUCGGCGUGGUGGUGGACGGCUGUCCGCCCCGGCUGCCGCUCAGCGAGGCCGACAUCCAGCAGGAACUCGAUCGCCGGCGUCCGGGUCAGAGCGCCCUCACCUCGCCCCGCCGCGAGGCGGACCGCGUGGCGAUCCAGUCGGGGGUCAUCGCCGGGCAGACGACCGGACAUCCCAUCGCGAUGGUGGUCCAAAACCGCGACGCCCGACCCGCCGACUACGAGGCGCUCAAGACCGUUUACCGGCCCAGCCACGCCGACUACACCUUCGAGGCCAAAUACGGGAUCCGGGACAAGAGCGGCGGAGGGCGCUCCUCGGCGCGGGUAACGGUGGGCCACGUCGCCGCCGGAGCGGUGGCGCGGGUAUUCCUCGCCGAACGGUUCGGCGUCGAGUGCGUCGCCUACGUGAAACGCACCCAGGACGUCGAGGCCGCGGUCGAUCCCGAGCGGGUGACCCGCGCCGAGGUGGAGCGGACUCCGGUGCGUUGUCCGGACCCGGAAGCCGCCGUUCGCAUGGUGGAACUGAUCGACCGGAUCAGGAGGGCCCGCGAUUCCGUAGGUGGCGUCGUUGAGUGUGCGGUGCGCGGCGUUCCGGCGGGGCUCGGCGAACCGGUCUUCGACAAAUUGGAGAGCGAUCUCGCGAAGGCCAUGCUGGCGAUCAACGCCAGCAAGGGAUUCGAAAUCGGCUCCGGUUUCGCCGGCACCCGGCUCCGCGGCAGCGAACACAACGACCGCUUCGUGAUGAAGGACGGCCGGAUGGCGACCGAGACGAACAACGCCGGCGGCGUGCUGGGCGGCAUCUCGACCGGAAUGCCCAUCGUCUUCCGGGUGGCGUUCAAACCCACCUCGACGAUCGGCCUGCCCCAGCAGACGGUGGAUUCCGAGGGGAAGGAGCCGGUGGUGGAACCCAGGUGA